CCCAAAUUCUAGCAAGCCUGAAGUAAAUAUAGCUUGACUGCCUGUUCCUGGUUACCAGAUUAUUCAUAAUGCCAUCAGAACUUUGCCCUACCUAUGCACCGUUCUUCGGAGCCCUAGGAUGCACCAGUGCCAUUGUCUUCACUGCCUGUGGGGCAGCCUACGGGACGGCGAAGGCUGGCGUCGGCGUUUGCUCCUCGGGAGUCCUCCGUCCGGACUUGAUAGUCAAGAACAUCGUGCCCGUCGUCAUGGCCGGUAUUCUCGGGAUCUACGGCUUGGUGGUUUCGGUCCUGAUCGCCAACAACCUCUCUCAAGAAGUGGCUUUCUACACCAGUCUUCUCCAGAUGGGUGCUGGUCUCGCGGUUGGGCUGUGUGGAUUAGCUGCAGGCUUUGCGAUUGGAAUUGUCGGCGACGCGGGCGUGAGAGGCACAGCUCAGCAGCCGCGGCUUUAUGUCGGCAUGAUUCUUAUUCUGAUCUUUGCUGAAGUCCUAGGCCUGUAUGGUUUGAUUGUCGCUCUUCUGAUGAACUCCCGAGCGAGCGUUACGGAGUCCAAAUGCAGCUGAAUGACCUUUCCCUUCCUUGUGAUCAAAGGGGAAGAAGAAUUCGAGUAAUGGGAAACAGCAAACCUGACCACGAACAAAUCCACCUGUCGCUUUGCCCCUACUUAUUUCGGUCCCUUUACAAUGAAUCAUCUUCGGUACUCCAGCACGACCGAAGGAUAAAGUUUGGCAUACUGAUGUAAGGUCUUGGCGACUCUGUAAGCGAGAGAAGGCGUCUAAGCUACGAAUUAGGCUCCAGCUUGUAGGCUGGUUGUGUUCGAACUGGUAGAUAAGAGCCUUGACAAGUGGAUACUCGAGUAAGCCAACUCCAAAGAAUCUCGGGGUGGGGAAAGUGAACAUCUCGGCAU